CACGUGACGUAUAGUAUAGAUAAUCGCGCGUAUAUGCGUAACUCGGAACGCAGCCUAUACAUACGUAGACCAUAAUCAAUCGAGAAACCCUAUCUGCUUUGGUCUGCUCUUGUUUUGUCUUAGUUCACUAACACCAUUUAUUCAGUGCAAAUACAAUAUGUGAUAAUUUUUGACGAUAACCUUUAGUGAAUUAGAUCAAAAUUGUGACACACAUUUCUAAGAUGGAAACACAACAAAUAAGUCAAAAUAACUUAUUCUCUUCUGGGGAGUUGAAACAAGUAAAGGUAGACAAUUGGGGAACGUUCUUUCUCCAGCGACUUCAGCAACUUUAUUCCGAGGAACAAUUCCUUGAUCUUAAAAUUGUAUUUCCCACAAAUGACAUUAUUAUAGAGGCUCAUCGACUUGUGCUAUUGACAUUUACAGAAUAUUUUUUAAAACUAGAACAACAGCAAAAAGAAAAUACUUCUAAUGGCAUUAUUACUAUGCCUUUAGAUAUGUCUUAUGAGUGUGUAAAGCCUAUUAUACGCUUUAUGUAUACCGGGCAAUUAGAAUAUUGGUCAUCAGAACAGGAUGACUUGUACUGCACCGCACAAAAGAUGGAUAUGACAGUGCUAACAAAAUUGCUUGAUCUGGAACUUACAAGCGAUUCACAAAUAACUGAUAUAGAAAAAUCUUGUUCCACACAACAAAUAAUAGAUGUCCAAGAGUCUUCACCUUUUGCCAAACCAAUCAGUUCUAUCGAUUUACCAUUAUCAUCAUCUAAGCAGUUGUUAGAAGAAAAAUCAGAUAAAAACCCUCCUAUUUGGAAAAGAAAGUUGGAUGCUCCAUUAAUUAAUUCUGAAGCAAGACUAGUUAGCACAUCAAUACACAACUCUGAAGUGACAACAUCUGGUCCAUCCAGAUUUGAUUUUCCAGAAGCAAAUAGUGCUUUAGAAAUAUUUUCAUCUUUUGACAAUAUUAGAUAUGAUAUGAAACCUUUUCAUCAAGUAUCUAAUGUACAUGGAAACAAAAGUUACAUUCGUAAAUGUUCUUUGGAUAAGAAAAGCAAAAAUAAUAUGAUUCAAAAAAAUGUGGAAAAAGAAAAAAGUAAGAAGAAUCUGACAGAUACAAAUUUGGGUAAUGAAAGUAUAUCAAAAAAUGUCCAGCAAUCUCAAGAUAAACCGUCUGAAAAAACAUAUUCUCGUGUGUCUCCAGAAGAAAAGGAAAACAUAAAAAAACUCAAGUUGGAUUUACAGCCGAAUAAUGAAGAUUCUGUUAACAAUCAUGCGAAUAUCGUAAAAGAAGUAUUAAAGAAAUAUCCUCAUUUAGCAAAAAAUAAUUCAAAUAUUCGCGUAAAAAUUAUGCAAAAAAAAGCAAACUCGUCCGAUAGUAAAACUUGUACAAAAACGUCAUAUGUGUUAUUUAAAUCUGAAUAUUUGUUACGUAAUAAUAACAAUGAUGAGAACUUGAACCGUGAUGAUGAUAAUAAUGAUAAUAGUGAGAAAGGUCCUUGGAAGUGCAACAAGUGUAAUUUCGAUAAAGAAUACACAAAUUAUGAUAUGUUCAGAAGACACAUGUACGAUGUGCACGAGAAGAAAUAUUUACUUUCUGAGAAAACUUGCCAGUAUUGUGAUUAUAAGACGAAAAAGCAAGAUUAUAUGAUAUGUCAUCUUUAUAAUGAGCACAAGAUACCUUUACCUGAAGAUGUAAGUUUUUAUAAGUGUCAUGUCUGUUCGUAUGUCGCUGUGAGAGAAUUACCUCUGUUGUCUCACAUGAUGAAAUAUAAUCAUCGGCCCACUGCUAAGAGUCAUGCUCCAUCUUCAGAGGAGAUUCAGCACAGUAUACGCAAUGAGUCGCUUAAAGACGAAUCCUCAACUUCCAACUCUCACAUAACGAAAUAUCAUCAUCAGCCCAGCACUGCUCAGCAUCACACUCCAUCUUCAGAGGAAAAUCAACAAGAGUUGUUCGAAAGUGAACUCUCAACUCACAAACCGAGUAAUAAACACAAAAGCGCGACGGAUAGAGAGAAACUGAAAUUUCAUCGUUGUAAGUACUGCGGCGAAUCAUUCAGACAGUUAUUCAAUUUCUCCGUACAUUUAGAUUGUGUGCACAAAAAAAUGCUGAAAGAUAAAACGAAGAUUAUUGUGUCUACAUCGCCCACUCCAUCGGAUAAAUCGUUAACAGCUGAGGUUUUUAGCAAUGAUACUAAGAUUUCCGUACCUGCUGAAAGUAAAAAGAAUGCGCAUCAAAUACAGCAUACCUUAGUGGUGAAAGAUACACACGACACAUAUAUUUUACCAGAUAUGGAGUUGGACAUGUUGCAACAUAAUAUGAAAUCUAACAAGAUGGAAGACGAGCCCAUAAUUUUGAUGGUUUCUAGCGACAAUCAAAUCGAAAACUAUCAAGAGCAAUCAGAUAUCAUCGAUAAUACGCAGAUAAUUAUGCAGGAUACAAAUAGCAGUAUGAUUGUAUAUGCUGCCAAGGAAGCGGAUCAUCAAUCCUACCAGAAUUAUCAACCUGUUCAAGUUACACCGGACUUUGAAGAAGUCGAAGAAGUGGUCGAAGAAGUUGAAGAAUUUAUGGAGGAAGAGAAAAUAAUAACAAAAGUUCCUGAAAGUAGUAUAUCAGAGAAUUGUAUUGACAACCGAAUACAAGAAGUGAUACAGUAUGUUGAGGAACAAACCGAAAUAGUAGAAUAUACAAAUGAGAAACAACAGUGUUUGAAACAGAAUACUGACAUGGAUUUAGGCCAGGAAUCUGUUAUAAUUCUUAAGAAUAUGUCAAGGAAGAGACCGUAACUUUCCCGAUAAAUAAGAUAAUACGAGAAUAGGUAGAUCUCCUAAAGCUCGAGAUUACUUUUUAUUACUUAUAUGUCCGCAAGAAUCGCCGUCAUAUUUUUCACUUAUGAUGCCAUCAAAACAAAUGACCAUUAUUAUGUAAAAUAGCCGGUCUUAAAGUCAGGAACACGAAAAUACUUAAGCAUUAAGGAAAUCAACUAAUCAUAGACCGGCAUUCUUGUAGCCAUUUUGAAUUUUGACGUUAAAAGAAGCAAAUAUUUUAUUAUUUAAUCUUUUAUAUUUAUAUGCAUAUUUCUGUUUUAUACAUAAAUAUUUCAUGUUUUAUACAUAUGUGUUAUUAGGGAAUAAGAUUCAAGUCGCGCUAGACAUGUUUUGACGCAUUGUUUAAUUUUUAUUUUGUAUGAAAUGUAGAUGAAAUACAAAUUAUGUUCGUAAUAAAUUAUGGAUUGAAAUUUGAUCACUUAGAGCACAGUUCACUAAACUUGAAAUUCUUAAUGAGUUUUCUUUAUUUUAAUCGAUCAAAUUUAAAUCUAAUCUCAAUCCGUAGUUUGAUACAAACUUUAGAGUCGUAUACAAAAUCUUCAUAUUGUAAAUCUUCCUGUUGUAAUCAAAGAAAACGUAAAAUAAUGAAGGACUAUACAUACAUAUAUAUAUAUUUAUUAUGUAAAUUAUACAUAAUUGUUUUCUCA